CUCGGGGACUUGGGGAUGGUGUUGUUCCUGACGCUGGUCAUGCACCGUCUGAUGGCGGUUCCUUGCAUCCGUCCGAUGUUGACGGUCUGUCUGAGCGCGGCGGUCAUUGCUGAAGACAUCGUGAACAGAGUAAUGACGUCGUAUCGCUUGUCAAAAUGCCGUCCAGGAAUUUCUUCAACGUCGCAGUAUUUUCUCCAACACGGCGGCUCGGCCUAGAUGAUCUCCCGACGCUGCUCUUUUUGACGCAAACCCUGUCGCUUGGCUUCGGCUCUAUCAUCCACCGCCGACAGCGAUAUCCUCGCUUGAGUCAGGUACCCGCUUGGUCGUCCAGUUAUCAUUUCCAUGAUCCACUGAUCGUUGGACUUGAAGAGUAGUAAGUUCUCGAAUAAUCAUCGAAGGCGCUCAUCAUCCGGGUAGUUCGGAUAGAUAUUCAGUGUUCAAGGAGUCGAUCUUGUUCCUCGGUAUGUUGUCUUGUGUAAACGGCGAAAGGGGGCCAAUGGAUGGAAAUGGCGAAUUGGCGAGUUUUCAG